AUGGAUCUGGUCGUUAUCGGCCUGAUAUUAUUCCUCCAGGGCAUCUGGGCUCAUCCCUACUCGAUUAAUGCAAAGUGUAACACUCGGAAAGGAUGUAAGUGUAUAUUGUUGGAUGGUGGGACGUGAUAGCAUAUUACUGUAGAUAGCUACACAAGGUUUCACUUCACUAUAAAGAAUUACUAAUGCUCUUAAUAAAUAUUAAGUUAUUUAAAAAGACUUAUAAUUCACUAUAUUUUAAGAAAUUGUUAUUGUUACACUAAAUGUUAACAUAAGUCAAUAUUUUACAUAGCCAAGUAAUGUAUUCAGCAUUAUAACGUUCUUACUAAACGUAAAGAUAGUUAAGACUUAAUACGGGAUCUACAACUUAUUAAUAAUACCUCAUUUUCAGCCAAAACCCUUUGUUACGACGAAACUUCUGGAGAACCUCAACGAUGUGUAGCCGACUUUACCAACGUUGCUUGCUCGAAUGUUCCUGAAGUCACGAAUACCUGCUCCAACACGGAGUUUUGUCUCCAGAAGGGCAACGAACGCUUCGCUUUUGCUAAUUUGGCCUCGAGUGGCUGUGGCAUCUGUAAUCGACAUGAACAUGGUCCAGACAAACUCACGGAUCCCAACGGAAAUCAGACAUGGUGGCAGUCGGACACGAUGAUGGAAGGAAUACAAUAUCCGACUUCUGUAAACAUCACAUUCAACUUUGGUUGGUCGUUUCUUCAAAUUAUUCUUUCCACAAAAUUUUGUCGGACAAUUUUUGUCCAGAAAAGGUGUCAUAAAGAAUGAUCUUUUCAGGAAAUAUGUCAUAAAAAACAAUAUUUCUACAAAAUGUGUCAUCAAAAUUAUUCUGUUUUUAGAAAGUCUGUUAUUUAUCUAGAAAAUAUGUAAAUUAUGAAAAAAUUUUUGGAAAAAUAAUUUUGAAACAUAAAAUAAUUUAAUUGUUUAAAGUUUUGCUCAUACUAUAUUUUAGGCAAGACGUACGAUGUUAACUACGUUCAAGUGAGCUUCAUCACCUCUCGACCUCAAAGUUAUGCUAUUUACAAGAAACGUCGUCCCACAGACGACUGGAUUCCUUGGCAAUACUACAGUGGAUCUUGUCGAGAAACCUACAAGCUGAACAACCGAGUGCCAGUUCUGCCGGGAAAAGAAGCUGUUGCCAUUUGUACUGACGAGUUCUCUGACAUUUCCCCCACGAACGGCGACAAGGUCGCCUUUGGAACGUUGAACUAUCGACCGUCCCAUGAAGAGAAGAACGUUCAACCGAAGCAGCUACAGGAAUGGACGGCGGCUUCGGAUGUUAUGAUAGUGUUGAACAGACUGAACACGUAUGGGGACGAAAAGUAUGGAGAUCCGAGGGUUCUGAAGAGCUACUUCUACGCCAUAAAUGACAUUGCUAUUGGGGCGAGGUGUUCUUGUAAUGGACAUGCCAAUCUGUGUGUGCCGUCUUCUGGAGGCAUCUACAAAGAGGCAUGUCAAUGUGAACAUAAUACUACUGGAGUUGACUGUGAGAAGUGUCUGCCCAUGUAUCAGGACCGACCGUGGAGGCCUGCUGAUACUCAAGAUGCCAACGAAUGUCUUCGUAAGUUUUUUGAGUUUUAGAGGAUCAAAAAUUAAAUGGAAAGAUUUGUUUAUGAAAAUAAUGUUUUAUUAUCUUUUUGAUUCAAAUCAUAUCUAUUAUUUUUUUAUUAAAAAAGAUAUUUAAUAGAAUGUUAGACGAUAGGUAGUAUAACAAAAUGAAUGAUAUCUUUUGUUACUUUCAGCUUGUCUUUGCAAUGAUUUGGCCGACAGAUGUUUCUUCGACGAGAAACUCUACAACGAGACAGGUCAUGGAGGUCACUGUAUCGAAUGUAAGGGAAACACUGAUGGUCCUCAUUGUGACGUCUGUAAACAAGGUCAUUACCGUGUCGUUAACCGUGCUGACUGUUUACCAUGUAACUGCCAUGAAGUAGGGUCUCUGACUUCAGAAUGCGACCGUAAUGGGCAAUGUCAGUGUAAGCCUGGAGUAGAAGGUCGUCGAUGUGAUCGAUGUAAAGCUGGCUUCUAUGACUUGACGGAGAUUGGAUGUAAGGAUUGUGGUUGUUCAGAGGCUGGAUCUCUCGCCAAUUGUCACCAAGGUCAAUGUGUGUGUAAGAGUAAUGUCGAGGGAGAGACAUGUGACAGAUGUAAGCCAGGAUUUUUCAAUCUGGAUAGGAAUAACACACGCGGAUGCUCUCCAUGCUUCUGCUACGGUCACACGUCUGCUUGUCAAUCAGCUCCCAUGUUCUACGAGAAGACUGUCACGAUGGAUGAAGGUAAUUUUAUGUUAUAUUGAGUAUGGUUAAUUGUUUUUAUUUAUAUUUGGAUCAUAUUUAAAUACUAAAAAUUAAUAUGUCUGCGGUCUAAAAAGGUAAUAAUAUAGUUUAGGUCCUAAAUUUAAACAAGACUUCGACAACAUACCUACGCCGUUUGUGGAACAUCAACAAGGAUACGAUCCAGUCUACUUUAAUGUACCUGAACACAUCUUGUCUCACAUCAAACAUUACUCAUCACCUGAAAUUAGCUUCAAGUUCAGGAAAGAAUCUGCAAGUUCUCCAUUGUCGAGACAGUAAGGAGUUACAAAUCUUUAAUGUUAUAUUAUAUAGUGUGUGCAACGACAAGUCUUUUAAUAUUUUAGUCACGAAGUUAAUAAUUAAUUAUUGCUAACUUUCUUUAGUGACAUUAUUUUGUCUGGAAGUGGAAUCACCUUGUCAGCACCAAUUACCUCUCAAUCAAAUCUACUGCCGAGACAGUACGAACAAGAGUACAAGUACGUGUUGGGAGUUACUGACAAUUCUCAUUGGCAACCUAAGAUAACAUCAGAGCAAAUGUUCUUGUUGUUAUCGAACGUCACUUCUGUUAAAAUCAGGAUGACCUACUCGCCUCGUGGUAUGUUGUUUUAAAUGUUACAAUAGAUGGGUGGGUAAUCUGGGCGGAUGAUUCAUAUUGAGAUUUAAAUUUUUGUGUUUUUGUCGGUAUGUGGUUGCUUUCUGUUUUAUACCUAUAAUGUUCUUACCUCUAGAUGUUGGAUACUUGUGGGAUUUCAAAUUGAAAGUGGCAUCGUCAAUACCGUCACUGCCUGUGAAGCCUGUAGCUACGGUAGAAAAGUGCAUCUGUCUACCUGAGUAUGUUGGCCAGUUCUGUGAGACGUGUGCUUCUGGCUUCAAGAGAGAGAAGCCUGCGGAUCUACUGAGUAAAUGCGUCAAAUGUGAAUGUAACGGACAUUCGCAGAACUGUGAGGCUGAAAGUGGUAAGUUUAAGGCUUCCGUUUUUUAUCUUUUGAUCGACUGAUUACGGUUUUGAGAGAAUGUUUGUAUUUAUUACCUAAAAAUAGUUUUUACAUUUUGAGGUCGAUGUAAACUGAUUUUAUGUUGUUGUACGUAUAUAAAUAUCGUUUAGGUGAAUGUUUCUGUACUCACAACACAACCGGAGCUAAAUGUGAUCAAUGUGCUCGAGGAUUCUACGGAGAUGCUACUUCUGGUACUGUGAACGACUGUAAACUUUGUGAAUGUCCAGAUGAUGGGCCUUGUGAAGUAAAACAUGGUUUAGUAUACUGUACCGAAUGUCCUGUUGGAUUCACUGGGCAAAGGUAUUAAUUUACUGUAAUAUAUGGUCUUAACUGAUAAGAUAAUACUAUGCUAACAUACUAUCUGGUGGCUAAUUGGUUUUACUUACUGAGACUUUAGAUGUGAUUACUGUGCUGAAGGCUACUUUGGAGAUCCAGUCAACAACAUACCAUGUAAACCAUGUGGAUGUAAUCAGAAUUCAGACCCGAAUUACAUCCAGCAGUGCGACAAGUAAUGUUUUGGCAUAAUUUUCUUAAUUCCUAAACUAUUUUUGGUUAAUAUACAGUUACGAAAAAGCUGAUUUUGACUAAAGUACGUGUGUUUAGAUCAGGUAGGUGUCUUCACUGUUACUACAACACGACUGGAUUUGACUGUGAGAUGUGUUUCCCUGGCUUCUGGGGUAAUGCCACUUCAGACAUUAAGGGAGAUUGUCAACAAUGUCACUGUUAUGGUCCAGGAACGGUGAAGUCUACGGUUGACUAUGAUACCUUGGAAUGUCGCCAAUCUGAUGGGCAAUGUGAUUGUCAGCCGAAUGUGAUUGGACAACAUUGUGAUCAGUGUGAGGUAAGUCGGCAUUUUGAAUGCAAAGUCAUAAUGUUAGGUCAUGCUUUCCUGUGUUAUAUAAUGCAAAUACUAAUAGUUAUUAACCAUAGUUGCUUCAAUUUGUAAUGAUCUUUCUUAGGACGGUUUUUUCAAUUUGGCCUCGGGCACUGGUUGCAAAGCUUGUGAUUGCGACGUUCUUGGAAGUAGCAGUUCUAAAUGUGAUGUCAUCUCAGGUCAAUGUCAGUGUAAACCGGGAGUAACUGGUCGUCGUUGUGACAAGUGUUCUCCCAAUUACUUUGGCUUCCAUGAAGGUGGCUGUCGGAAAUGUGAUUGCGACUUCUUCGGAUCUUCUUCUCAACAAUGUCAUCUGACUACAGGUCAGUGUGAAUGCAAAGAGAACGUUGUCGGUUUGAAAUGUGACCAAUGUGCCGAGAAUAGAUACAGUAUCCAACAAGGGUGUCUGGUGUGUGAUGAUUGCUAUAGAUUGAUCCAGGAGCGGAAGAAUCAUCUGAAUUCGAGUAUCGUGAAGCUGAAGGGAUCAUUGGAUUACAUACACAACACUCCGGUCAAAGCUGACGAUCCAGAGUUCAAAGACAAGGUCAAGGAGGUGCAAGAAGAGUUGGAUGAACUGCAGUUUAAGGCGAAGGACUACAGUAACAAAUAUUGUAAGUUUGUAUUUUUAGCGCUUUUUGAACGACAUUUUAGGCCAAAUAUUAUUCAUGUUGAACUAUGUAUUUUCAGCUGAUUCUUUUGAAUCCAUUAAGAACGUUAAUACCACUUUGGUCGGCACAUUAGCUGAUGUUCAACAAGUGCUCAAGACUGUCGGUUAUUUGAAAGAGCCCGUGCUCAAUCAUUUCUACACUGACAGAGGUAAUUUUAUAAAACAAUUUUUUUGUAGUUGUCUAUGACAUUUUUAUCAAUAUAUUGAUUUAGACUUUGUCCAAGAUCAACUCAGUAUCUACGAAGAGCAAUUUAAUGGAGUCAGUAGCAAUGUUCAGAAUCUGAGACAAAAACACACUGGAGAAAAUAAGGUACAGCUGCAUUUCAAGUAUAACUACGAAUAACUGAUUUUAAAUGAUCAAAACUAAUAUUUUUCUUAACAUUUCUAAAUGGACAAAUUGCUGAUUAAAAUAGUAUUGAUUUAGAUACCUGAACUGGACGAAACAAGAAGUCUUGUGAAGGAAAUUACCGAGAAGGAGAAGGAAGUUGUCAGUUUAGCAGUAACAUACGAAGAGCAGAGUAAAAGACUGGUGGAAGAAGUGCAAGAUAUCAUAUACAACAACACCAUCAGUCAAGAAGUUACUCAUCUUCUGCAACAAUGUAAUGCUACAGUAAAGGCGUCCGAAGAUACUAAGAAGUUGGCACAGUACGCUUUGGAGGAAUCUGAAGAGAUCUACAAUCAAAGUGCACUUGUUCUGAAUCAAGUCGAAGAAGCCAGACUUCCUGAAUUUGAUGAUGUGGCUGUUGUAAGUUUAGAUAGGAUAAUAAUAUUAGUCUUAAGAACGUUUUGUAUAAUUUUAAAAUUUUAGCCAAACGACUGGUAUAAUCAAACUGAAGUUGAUAUUAACAUCAGAAGCAUUGAGAAGAUUAAAGAAAAGGCAAAAGAAGAGCAAUAUAAAGUUGAGUUUGCGUACGGUGAAGCGAAGAAGCACGUUAAGGCGCGAAACGACAUUAUUGAGGAGCUGAACAAAGAGCUAGACGAGAUUAACUUGAUCUACAACAUGGCUAUCGAGUUCGAAGAGAGUUUACAACAUUCUUUGGAUGUUUUGGAAGGUAAUAUUACUUUACCUUACCUAAGAGUUAUAUAAAUGUUUUUUGAGUAUGUGAAUUUAUUCUUUUUCUGAUUAUUUUCAGAUAAGAAUAGCGGAAGUCACAAGUCUGUGUACCUUGAAGAAGUGAAGAAGGUCGAAAAGAUCACACAACAAGUGGACUUGGCUUUUAAGUCUGUUAAAGAAUUGGAAGCCCAGAUACGAAGCCUUGAGAGCAGUGUAGCCGAGAUUCAGAAGAAGGAGGAAAUAAUUUCAAAAACUGUUGAGAAGCGAAAAGAACAAAACGAGGUAACGAUAAGACCGUCAGAGUUAUUUUGUCUGGCACUUUCUUGUUUAUUGUCUUACUAAGGUUAAUUGCUUUCUUACAUAGUAAUAUUAAGUUAGUAUGACUUAUUAAAAGACUGAGAUUUUAUGUAAAAAAGUAAUGAACUUGAUAUUAUUAAUAUACGAUUAUAUUACAGAAAAAUGAGGCUUUACUUAAACAAGUACUAAACACAACAGAGGCACUGACAGAUAAAUUGAAUGGAUACGAAGAUCAGAUACAAGAUCUGAAGACAACAGUUAAUAGUAAGGUGGAUGUAGCCAGUAAUCAGCUAAAGAAGUCGAACAGACAGCUACGGAAAGCUCUGAAGAUCAACAGAAAUGUCACCAGGAUUCAUCAAAAAGUGGAAGACGGGCUACAGACUAUGAAGAGAGAUCUUAAACUACUUUGUAGGGUUUUAUAGUGUUACAUUGGGGUUGGUAAUGUGGUUUAGAUACUGGUAAUUCUGGAUACAAAAUUUGUGUAAUUUGGCUUUUUUAAGUGAUAUGAUUUUAGCCAACCUGAAAGACCUUGAUGACAAAGACCUGGACGAGUGGGAGCAGUUGUUGAACAAGGUCGAAGAAAGUUUGGCACCUUUGGAACUGCACAAUGCAAACUUGGAUGGUGACAACCAGAAGUUGCUGGAACAACGUCAGCAACUUUCCAAGGAAAUCUCGUUGCUUAAAAGGGAAUCUGAGCAACUUUUCAAGAUCUCGUCUUCUCUGCCUUCUAAGUGUGUCAAUGUUGUCAACAUUGAACAACAGUAG